CCUAACUGCAGGAGAAAAAGUUAAGUCAAGAUGGCAAAACACACAGAUGCAGAGUGAAGGGGCACCGCUGCCCACAAUUUAAAACUUUGUUGCGCCCCGUCUUGCGAUCAACACCACCGAUGCAGUUGUGCAUGGAAAUCUAAAUGGGAUCCCUGUGGAAAAUGCCAACAAAAGUAAUGCUGGUGUGACAGCGCAGAGUGCAGGAGGAAAGCCGACUCUCCUGUCUGAAUGUUAACACCCCCUGGUGCAGAUGCACCUAGGAGAGCACCGUGCCACCACUCCCCUCAAGCUGAAACUUCAGUACACCUGCUUUUCUAAAAGCCUGGAUGAUGCUACGCCAUUUGAACUGAGCACAACAGCUCAAACCCCUCCUGCUCAAAGUACAUAUUUCUGCUCCACUCAACAUCAACAACAAAAACAGGCAAAAAGAAGAGCACAUCCAUCACAAGCUUUGACCAAAGUUUAACCACCAGAGCACCAAGUUAACUCAAUUCUCCCGUGACACCAGGAAGGUCGCUAACUGGUUUCCCUGUUCGGCCUGGUGCCUGUGCCCCAGACCAUGAUGUUUCGCGACCAGGUGGGCAUCCUGGGAAGCUGGUUUAAGGGGUGGAAUGAGUGUGAGCAGACGGUGGCUCUGCUGUCGCUGCUGAAGCGGGUGUCGCAGACCCAGGCCCGUUUCCUGCAGCUGUGUCUGGAGCACAGCCUGGCUGAUUGCACCGAGCUUCACGUGUUGGAGGGAGAGGCCAAUAACCCAGUGGUGAUCAGCCAGUGGCAGGGUGAGCCCAAGGAGCGCGUCAUCUCCCUCGUCCUCACCCACCUGCCCCUGCUCAAGCCGGGCAACGUCGAAGCCAAGGGCGAGUACAUGCGCCUCCUCCCCCGCAUCCUGGCACACACCAUCGAGCACGGCCGCCAUCUGGAAGAGUCGCGCCAGCUCCUCUCCUACGCCCUCAUCCACCCGGCCACCUCACUGGACGACCGAGCCGCCCUCGCCCUCUGGCUCAAUCACCUGGAGGAACGUGCUGCUGCCCGGGCCGACUCGUUGGAACGGCUGCCCCCCUCCCCAGCCUCGCACCAUCAAACGCCCCCCUCAACGCUCUCAACGUCGGGUUCCAGUUUGGGUUCCUCUGUGGGCCACCUGGGUCACCUGUAUCACCACCAGCGCUACGGCUCAGACGAUCGGCUCAACGGCUGGCAGGGAUCGAGGGACUCGGGGUUGGGCAGCGGAUGGCAGCAGCAGGGGCAGGGAGGGUGUGAGAAUGGUGGGCACCUGGCUCUCUACCCGUCCUCAUCGGUACCUGGGAGUAUCAACACGGUGGGCACGGGCGGCAGCAGCAACACCAUCCUGUUUGGCGGAGGCGGCGGGCAGCACAGUCCCCUGAAGCGUUCGGUGUCCCUUACCCCCCCGAUGAGUGACGGCUCCUUGGCCGGUUCCUCCUCCUUGGGUUUGGGUCAUGGCUGGCUCUCCCAGGAGGACCUGUGCGGGCCCCGGGGAGGAGGAGGAGGGCUGGGGCUGGCCCCCACCGACCCCCACCACGCACCCCUCUCCCCCCAGAGCAGCGUAGCGUCUUCGGGCAGUGGCGGCAGCGAGCACCUGGAGGACGCAGGUCUAGGAGGACGAGGUUGCUGUGGAGGAGGCUUGUACCGCAGCAGCACAUUUCAUAAGGAGGGCAGCGGCAUGAGUGAUGUGCCUGCCUGGCUGAAAAGCCUCCGUCUCCACAAGUACGCGGCUCUAUUCUCCACCAUGACGUACGACGAGAUGAUGUUACUGACCGAACAACAGCUGGAAUCACAGAAUGUCACCAAAGGGGCGCGCCACAAGAUAGUCAUCAGCAUCCAGAAACUGAAAGAGCGUCAGAACAUGCUGCGCUGCCUAGAGAAGGACGUGUUGGAAGGGGGUAACCUGCGCGCCCCUCUUGCCGAGCUCCACCAGAUGAUCCUGACGCCCAUCAAGGCGGUGGCCAGCGACGAGUCGUUGCCCUCCUCGACCACACAGCAACCCCUGUUGAGCCUUGAGGGGAAGAGCAGCACCGCCCCGGGGUCUCACCUGGCCCCCGGAGGAGGGGAAGGGGAAACGGGGGCUACCCUCAUCGCCGAGGGGGACAUCCCCGGCCAGUUCACCCGCGUCAUGGGCAAAGUUUGCACACAGCUCCUGGUGUCCAGGCCAGAUGAAGAGAACAUCAGCUCCUACCUGCAGCUCAUUGACAAGUGCCUUCUGCACGAGGCGUUCACUGAGACACAGAAGAAGCGGCUGUUGUCAUGGAAACAGCAGGUGCAGAAGCUGUUCCGCUCGUUCCCCAGGAAGACUCUCCUGGACAUGGCGGGCUACCGGGCGCAGAGGAGCAGCAGCAGCAGUAGCCGGUGCUUCGGCCAGUCCAACUCUCUCCCCACGGCGGGCUGCGUGGGGGGCAGCAGUAGCAUGUCGGCCCGCCGGAGCCUGCGCCAGUUCCAGAUGCCCUCACGGAGCCUGCCCGGCGCCAGGCUUGGCCUGCUGGGCACCGCCGGCCUCCUGGGACCCACGCCGCGCAGCGCCAGCAGCACCCCCACCGGUCUCAAGCAGGGACGACAGGGCUUAUGGUUUGCCAACCCCGGAGGCAGUAAUAGCAUGCCCAGCCGAACCCACAGCUCGGUGCAGAGGACCCGUUCCCUGCCUGUCCACACCACGCCACCCACCAUGGUCAUGUAUCAGCAGUCUGAUGGAGUCGACCGCACAUCCACCAUCUGAGAGUAGGACCUGAAGGAGACCUGGGGACAUCUGUUCCCCCCCCCCCCCCCCCCCCCACACACACACACACACACCCCACAGCCAAUGGGAGAGGUCAACCGGGGUGGUUGCUGGGCUGCAAAUCAUGCCACGGCGAGGCAAUCCGCAAAAACUGCUAACAAACGACUAACGCAGCAGCACAUUGGCAUGUUACCAUCACAACAAAACACGGCUAUGCCCCCAGCACACUCAUAAGUACCUGGGCUUCAGUGAUGGAUGAGAAAUGCAGUGCAGACUCCUUUCCCCACCCAGUAUAACUACCUACAACAGUGCCCGAGGAGUGCCCUCUGCUGGGCUGGGUGGGUAGACCCUGGGCCCAGUUGAAGGGGGAGUGGUGCAUUAUGGGUACUGUAGUAUAUCAUGCUAUAAGACUGUAGACUUCCCUUCUCCACCCACAGUCCCCACACCAGUUCGCACCAGUCAGCAUUUCUACCAGUCGUACCAUAUGACGUCUCACUGAGCCAAAAACAAACACAAGACAAGUAAGUAAAUAAACAAAGUGGGACACAUUGUGAGAGAAGCUUCGGCAUUCAUCUCACUGUUUGGGAGAGUUUUAGGGAGGAGGUUUUUCAAAAGACCCCUAUGCUCUGUAUAGGUGACAGAAAAAAAAACAUUUUUUACAUGUAUGUAUUGUUUACAUAAGAUGCUACUAUGGUACCGAAACAUUUAUAAAUUUCGGCUAUGAAUGUUAUCUCUUAUAUUUUAUUUUUUUAAAUAAUUUUUGGGAAAAUAGUAGCAUACUACCGUACUAGUCGCUUAAUAGACUAACGUCCCACAGUAGCUAUCAUAGUUUACAACCAACUUUAUCGUUGUUUUUUUGCUUUUUGUUUCUUUCUUUUGCUUACCAGCAGCCAAGCUGUGUGAAAAAUGAAAACGCUAAAAGGAAAGGGGGAUGCAGUGGAAGUGUGUAGAAGGAAAAACAGAGAAAUUAGAAGAGAUGGGAGGAGGGGAAAUGAAAGUGGGGAGACACAGGAUGGUCUGUGCCAAGUGAUUUAGAAGGAGAAGAGGACGUCAGUGAUGAUGGAUCCAUGUCAGAGGCAGGGACUUUGAUUUGAAACAAGAGAGGAAAAUUGUGUAGUAGCGUUGUGGUGAAGCUCUAGGUAAAUGUUAUAGACAGGCCAAUAUAUAUAAUCUUUUAGAAUUCUUUCAUCUUUGUCCCUGCAGACUAUGCAUUGAAUGGUUAUGCUGUUAAUUUGCUUGGGCUGUGUCUGGAUUUGGGAGUGAGGUUUCUUUAACAGGUGCACAAUGUUGUGUGACCUAUUCUCUAAUUAGGGCUAGUCAGUGUGGGUCAGGAGUAUUUUCAAUGUGUCUCAUUGUGAAAUAGAAUGAGGAUUUACAUGUGUGUUUUCAGUCCAGGGUAGGUACUAUAGCGUUGUAUGCUAUAUGCUCUCAUUUUACUAGGAAGUAAGAGAUGGUCAAAGAUGUUCUGAAUCAAGGAGAAAAGACAGAGGACGGGAGAAUCAGGAAGUAGCUUUGGCGGAUGUAAACGAGAAGGUUGCUGAGGUUUCCUUUCCCUCAAGCAGCAUAGAAACAUCAACCCAUGAAGGGUUUAAAACUAGUUUAAAUCCCUGAGAUUACUCUCUUUUUAGUACUUAACUCCAUCUAGUGGCCAAAAGCAGUUAGACAGCCAGGCACUUGGAAUUAGGCUUUUUGUACUUCAAUUUCUUGUUCGUUUUUUUUGUCUUAAUAUUUAUCCUUGAUUCAUUGUUGUCUGCACGACAUGCUAUAAGGGUAGGUUCAUGGUAAAAUAACCUCUUUUAGAGCUGAGUUAGGCUCUGUUGUUAUUAGCCACUGUAUCACUGUCAUCCUGUAAGUGGGUGUUUUGUGCAUGGAAGAUCACGCUAAUGUAUUGUGCCUGAAUGGGCAUCCUGAUUUGGUGUGGUGUUUUGUGAGGGUUAUUGCGCAACUUUUUGGGUUAGUUUAUUUUUGAAUUCUUAUGUGUCUCGUUUUCUUGUUCUGCACUUGGUGUUGUGAUAUUUUACUACAGCUAAUCCAUCAAUAACAAUGCCAAUAGGUGCAGCAAUAGAAAUGGCAAGUAUGUGCAAUAAACGUUCAUCAGUGGGGAGAGGCAAGUGGUUUGGAGAGGAAAGGUUAAGAGUUUUGUAGAUCAGGAAAAGGGACUUGACUUAUUGUGGAGGUGAACUUGUAGUGAGAUGAAACCAGCUUCAUGCCAAAUGCACCGUUGCUCGGCGAUGGAGAACGAGAACACCCCUUCCUCUGCCAAAGUAACUACAGCCCACUCCCAAGUGUGCAUUGAACUGAAGCUCUCAGACUGAGCCAUCUUGUCAAAGUAGGGGUGACCCCAGUCAAACCUCAAACCUUUAACCUGUUAUUGUCAAAAUGUAACUGAUGCUUGUAGUGAUGUUUCAUAGUCAGUCAAACGUCACUGCUUCAGGAAGUGCUCUCACUAAAAACGCAAGGCCUUAACUGGGACGGUGACAGGAAAAUUGCAUAAAGCAUGAAUUGGCAUGGACCCUUUUGUGGCAUGGUUUGGAAAAUAUUUAGUGGCAGCAUUACAGUAUUGGUACACUGAUGCAACAUGCAUCAGUGGAUGUACAUGGUAGUUAGAUCCACUUGUCACUGCCAUAUAAAUUGAUACUAUUAGCAGAUUCAAAUAAUUUAUUCUUCUUUUUUUUUUUCUAAUGUUGCAGAGGUGAUUUAUUGUAUUCAUUUAGAUGUAUUAUUUAAAGUACCAUAUGUAUUAACUUGCUAUGGCUGGUGACCAUAAGUACAUCUCAAAUAUUAACAUAGUUAUUUUGGUUUUGAACUACAGUAUAAUCGCACAUUUUUAUAUUUAAUAGUGGAGUAGAGAGACACUCUGUGUCUUGUUUGGAUUCGUUUUUUCUUCUGACUGACGGUUUGGGAACGCUUGUCAUCCUGGUUGGCCAAAUGUCUGAACGUGGCCACCAGCAGAACAAACAGGAUAGGGGGCAACGACCCUUUUGAAACAUUGCCAAAUAGAACAGGCCACGGUAACCCUUGAUAGACUGGGAUGGAGAGUCAUCUGGGGUUAUUUCUGUGGGAUAAGGCCCUUUACUACUUUGUUACACUUCGGCUAUGCGCAUCGGAGGUCCAGGGAUAGCCCUUUGGGAAUGGGCAACCAGUGCUUACCAAGCUAACCACCAUCUGCAUGGCUAGUGAUGACAUCACAGUGGAUGGCUAAGAUAUAUGUAGCCUAUCCAAAAGACUGGCAACAACUGCAGAGCAGAGGGUAGUGCAUUCUAGGGUGGGACUUUCACACUCACUACUGCCCAUGAGGUUAUGUGUGUGUGAAUGUAGUGUACACUACAGUAUGUACCUAUGAGAGAGCGAUGGAGCAGAGGCAGUAAACAGAAGAGUUGUGAAUGUCAUUGAUAUAUUACUGCAACUGUGUGUGUGUGAAGUAGCCAGAUGAGGAGUGGAUCGGACUUUGACUCAUCCGGAAGCUGUUCAUCUUGUGUAACACAAAAAAGGGUUUUUUAUUUGUAUUUUCCAAAGCGCAUCCAACCCCUAUGUGGCUGGGAUGAGAGAGAUCCGCUGUACACACUGCAGUAUUAACAGUUAGAUGAUAACCUUGAUAUUCCAAAUAUAUUAUUAUUUAAUUUAAUGGGUUUUUUUAAACUGAAAUUUUUGUUGGUCAUAGACACUCUGCACAUUUAGUCAAAUAUCGCAUCAUUAUUCGAUGGCGAGACUCUUUCUUUUUUUGUAAACUCGGAAGCAUCCAUACUGUAACAAAAGUUCUACAGCUUUACUGUGCUCUGUUUGUUUUGUUUUUGUUAUCAAAAAGCCGAUGUCCUGUAUUGACUGCAGGCUUACAAAUAUAUUUGAAAAAAUAAUAUCCUAUGUUUAAGAAAAAAACUCAAAAGCUCCCAAAAAAAUGGUAAUUUAUAUUAUAGAAAUGCACGAGGCUGGGAAGUCAUAUUUAAAAUAACAAAUGGCAGUGCCUUUUUUUUUUACUCAAGACAUUUACCCAAAAUGUAAAUGACUGUAAUAAUAUUACUAGAAGCAACCCAGAUAGAGGUGUGUUGACAGUCAAAAUGGUGGCAUCCUCCAAACUGCAUACUAGGUCCUCUAGGACAUUUUAAAAUGUAUCUUUUGGCGUCACGUUGUAGACAAAAACAAUAUGGAACACUUCUUUCUGGCCUCGUGUUGUCAGUGUAUUUUUUUGUUUCUGUAGGUACUUUUCAAUGCUGAUAUGAAGUUAGGAAUUAUACCUGUCUGUACAACAAACAGAUGUAUAUGCUUUGUGUGUGUUUGCACGUGUGUGUCUUGCUGUAACUGUAAAAUACUUAUUCUCAAAUGUGCCAGAAAUGCUGCGACAUGGCAUGGCCCAAUCAAAAGAAGGCUGUUGUUUUUCUUCCUUUGUUUAGUCAUCAGAGGAUGACUGCCUCUCAGCUGUAUGUGUGUGUUAUACAGUAUCUAGGGAUUGUAUGGUCACUAUGCCCACAGUUCAGUAACACAUGAGGGCUGACGUUCAGAGACCUGAGGUCCACUGUACACUACAUAGAUCAGUAUUACAACCAGUCUCUCUGUAGAGCCAGCCAAUUAGAACUGGGCCAGUAUUUACAAAGAAUCUGAGUAGUAGUGCUUUUUACAUGCUUUCUAGAUCAUAAUGAUUAAAAUUAUAUGGACAGGGGGGACCUGAUCCCAGAGUUACUUUUUUAAUUCGGGCCCUGACGCCAUGCCAAAAGCCUGUCUCAGGUUCUGUGUUCCUGUAGCUACUUGCCUCGGGCAGGGUUUGGCUUGUGAGAGGAAGUGUGGAUGCUCAUAUGUUCUAAAUGGAUCUACAGAGACUCCUCUGUGUAAAUGUAUGUAUUUUCAUUUUUGUCUAUGAGAGAUUGUGGUUGCUAUCUAUUCAGAAUGGGAGAGCUGCGAGUGAGUGAGUGAAAGAUACUGAAUGAAUCGACUGAAUGCUUUGUUUUGUGGGGGUCUGUGUUCAAAUGCUUGACAUCUUUGUUAUAACCACAGACAAAAAAUGUAUUAAAGAAUAACUUGUAAAAUUGUCUAUGGAUAAAAAAAGUUUUAAAUUCUAA